AUGAGCCGCGCCGGUCGGGGCUUCUUCGACGACGACGAUGACGACGACCUCGGCCGUGAGUCGUUCCAGUCGAAGCGCGCCGCCAUCGACGACGACUCGUUCUUCGACGACUCGCCCGCCCACCCUCCUCGCCGCCUCGACGACGACCGCGACAGCUCGGUCGCGACUGGAGGGCGCACCACCGCACGAGGCGGCCGCAUCUCGAGCGUGACGGGCGCGGCGGCCGGCAGCUCGGUGCGGGCAGGGUUCGACAGCUCGCGGGGCGACAGCCCCUCGCUCGACGACAUCCUCGGCGAGGGCACCGCGAGGGACAAGAGCCGCAACGUGCAGCGCCUCCUCCGCGCGUACCAGAACGAGAUCGGCGCGCCAGAGCUCCUCAAGUUCCCGCGCCAGCUCGUCGACAAGGUCGUCAAGAGCCUCGCUCGUCGGAAAGACCUCGUGCGGAUAGCGCAGUCGACGCCCGGGCAAGACGACGCGUUCUAUAUCGCCGCGAGCGUCGUCGCGACCGAGAACAUGCGCGCCGCUCACGUCCUCAAGAUGUUCACCCGCCAGCGCAUCUACAAGCUCGAGCAGUGCGCCGAGUACUACCUGUCGCAGCCCGACGUCCACGAGCGCCUGUACCACAACGAGAUUGCGCACGCAGAAGGAUACGUUCGCCUCGUCAAGGCCUACCACGACGCGUCGGCGAUGGACGCCAUGCCUGAGCAGGUCACCCGCAACCCGCCACCGAUGCCUACGCCCGAUUUUGGCCAACCCGUCUUCGUCCGCGCUCGCAAGGACUGCGCGCCCGUCGUCCUGCCCGACGGCGAGCUGUUUGCGUUCGCGCAGGGCUCGCAACACAUCGGGUCCAACGCCGCAGGCCGCAAGGGCGCAAGCACGACCUCGCCAGCUCACGUCAAGGCGGCGCUACGGUCCCGACAACGCGCGCGAGAGCUCAUGGCGCUGUCGCUUGGCCACGACGGAGCCGGCGGUUCACGAGGAGGAGCUGUCGAGCACGAGCAGCCGAGAAACGCCAUGUCGAGCCCCGAGACCGCCCACUCGACCCUCUUCUCGAUCGACUCGCGCCCGACCACGUCGCCCUCGUCCAGCGCUGCCUCCUGCGCGUCGUCGGCGCUCCACCGGCGCAACCUCGGCGACAAGAUCUACCUCGCGAGCUCGCCCGGUCGUCAAGCUGGGCUCUUUGCCGCGCGCCCGCUCGUCCCGGGCGAGCGCAUCCUCGUCGAGGCGCCGCUCGUCGUCGUCGGCUCGGCGCGUGACGUCUCGGCAGCCGUCCAGUCGCUGUCCGACGAGGAGAAAAAGACGUUCUACGGCCUCGCCAACGCGUACGAGGACGACUCGUUGAUCUCGAGCGAGCGCGGCAUCUUUGACACGAACGCGUUCUCGCUCGCCGGCCGCUCGUCGUCGUCGUCCUCCGCCAGUCCAUCCUCGCCGAGUUUCAUCGCCAAGCACGGCAUCUUCCCGAUCUCGUCGCGCUUCAACCACUCGUGCGCGCCCAACGUCAAGACGUCCUACUCGCCCGACCUCGCCCGCCUUGUCACGCACGUCCUGCGUCCUGUCGCCGUCGACAACGAGCUCCUCACGUCGUACCUCGGCGGGCCCGCCCUCUUUGCGUCGACGACGUCCGAGCGCACGACGAGGCUCGGCCGCGCCUGGGCGUUCGACUGCUCGUGCGCCGUGUGCGCCUCGGACGGCGCGAGUCGCGCAGCGAGCGACGCCCGGCGCGCCGAGCUCGCGCAGCUGUACGAGCGUCGGCCGGGCGUACGACUGCGCGAGCGCGAGGGAGCGCAAGGAGGCGGCGGCGAGGCCGAGCGGGUGUUGCGCGACGCGGCGAGGGCCGUGCGCCUCCUCGAGCAAGAGGCGCUCGCCGUCGACGGCGUCGAGGCGUUCUGCCUCCCUGCAGCGCGCGCAUGCGCGUGGCAUGGCGACACGAGGGCGGCGAGAGUGUGGGCCGAGCGAGGGUGGGACAGCGCGAGGAGGGCGUACGGCGAGGGCGCCGAGGUUGAGAAGUUGACGAGGGCGCUGCUUGGGCCGAGCAGGCCGAUCAAGCCGACGAGCGAGCACGGGUGGGUCAGUCGACUUUUCAGCCGGGCAACGUGAGCAGUGAC